AGCACUGCUCAGUGAGUGUUCCACUUUGGUCGUAGUAUAGUGUUAUUUGUAGUAUUUAGUAGUUGUUUAUUGAAUAUGUUACUAAAUCAAGUGAAGACUAUAUCAAAAAAGAGUAUAACUCAGCAACUUAUAAGACAUAAACAUGAUUAUCAAUAUUUGCAAAACAGUAAGAUACCUACAAUGCACUUCCAGAAGUCUUUACCCAGAUUACCAAUUCCAAAGUUGGAAGAAACUUGUGCUAGGUAUUUGGCUGCCCAGAAACCUAUCCUACCAGAUAAAGUGUUUGAUAAUACACAAGCAACUGUGAAGAAGUUUCAAGAGACAGUUGGAAAACAUUUGCAGGAGCAAUUGAUUAAUUGGGAUAAAACAAACAAACACACAAGUUACAUUACUGAAUAUUGGUUUGAUAUGUAUUUGAAAGACAGGAAACCAAUUCCAAUUAAUUAUAAUCCAGUAUUAGUUUUUCAAAAUGAUAGCAGACCAGAAUAUAAUGAUCAAGCUGUGAGAACAACAAAUUUAUUAAUUAGUUCUUUGAGAUUCUACAAAUCUUUGAAAAAACAAAUUUUGGAUCCUGAGGUUUUCCAUAUGAAUCCAAAAAAGAGUGACACUCCUGCUUUUAAAAACAUUUGCUCUAUGGUGCCUUCAGCUGUAUCUUGGUAUGCAGCAUACAUGUUCAAUGCUUAUCCCUUAGAUAUGAGCCAAUACAACAAACUUUUUAACACUACUAGGAUACCACAAAUGGAUAAAGACAAAAUAGUUUCUGAACCUGCUAGACAUAUCUGUGUGCAAUAUAAGGGAAACUUCUACACAUUUGAUGUUCUAGAUGAGUCUGACAAUAUUUUACCACCUGGUGAUAUUAAAGCAGGGAUUGUUAACAUACUUAAUUCUGAUGCAAAAUCAGCCGAAUUUCCUCUUGGUAUACUAACAACAAUGGACAGAAAUAAGUGGGCCAAAAGUCGAAAUAAUCUUGUUAAUUUGGGCAAUGAACAAGCCCUUAAAAAAAUCGAUUCUGCUUUAUUCAACAUUUGCCUUGAUGAUGACAUCAUUGGUGAUGAUAAAUAUGCUUUAGUAAGGAGCUCUUUGCAUGGUGAUGGCAAAAAUAGAUGGUUUGAUAAAACAAUCUCAUUGCUAGUUACUAAAGAUGGUUUUUCAUCCAUAAACUUUGAGCAUUCUUGGGGAGAUGGUGUAGCAGUUUUGAGAUUUUUCCAAGAUAUUCUCAAAGAUUCUACUGAGCAUCCAGAGGUCAACAAAGAAACCAAAUUGGGAUUAACAGCUGUCAACAAAAUAGAAUUUAAUAUUGAUGAUUCUCUAAAGCAGGACGUAUCUACUGCAAUUUCUGAAUACUCGGAGGUAACGAAAUCUCUGGACGUGAAUUUCGUCGAAUCCGAGGGUCUUGGAAAGGUGUUUUGCAAGAAAUAUUCUGUAAGUCCAGAUGCUAUCAUGCAGCUGUGCUUCCAAUCAGCUUAUCAUAAGCAGACUGGAAGAUUCGUGGCUAGCUAUGAAUCGUGUAGCACAGCGGCUUUCAAGCAUGGUAGAACCGAAACGAUCAGACCAAAUACUUCGGAAACGAAAGAAUUCUGUUUGGCUAUCAAUUCGGCAAACAGGCCUUCCAAUUCGGAAUUGGUUGACUUGAUAAAGCGGUGCUCAAAAGUUCACGGGCAAUUAACGAAGGAGGCGGCGAUGGGACAGGGAUUUGAUAGGCACCUGUUUGCACUGAAAAUGUUCUCCGGGAAGGUCGACUUGUCCAAUGCCAACAUCUUCGAGGAUCCCGCUUACGGUUUAAUAAACCACAACAUCUUAUCGACAAGUACUUUAUCGUCACCUGCAGUCUUAGCCGGUGGUUUCGGACCUGUGGUUAGGGAUGGCCUAGGUAUUGGUUACGUGAUACGCGAUAAUGCUAUGGGAACUUUGGCCACUAGCUAUCCGGGAGUCAAUGGUAGAGAUUUCAUAAGCUGUUUGGAAAAGUCUAUUGAGGAGGUGGUAAAUGUGUUGGGCUCAGCAGAAUAACGCACUUACGUAUUUUGUAAUUUGUGGGAAUGAAGGUCACGUGUUUGCAUUUUUUUAUUUAGAUUAAUUGUUUUA